CGAGAGGCAUGGGUUACUACAAGGCCAUAUGGUUACUAUAGAAGUUAUUUGUGUCAAUAAUUGGUAGCUGAAAAGAAUAUACAUCAAGACUGUGCAAUUAUUUUGAUUGCUAGACUUCCUCAUGGCUGGGGUACUAUUUGAAGACAUUUUCGAUGUGAAGGAUAUCGACCCUGGAGGAAAGAAGUUCGAGCGGACAAGCCGACUCCACUGCGAGUCAGAGUCAUUCAAAAUGGAUUUGAUUCUAGACAUCAAUGUGUGGAUCUAUCCCAUGGAGCUUGGUGAUAAAUUCCGACUCGUUCUUGCUAAGACUUUGAAAGAAGAUGGGUACCCCAUGGAUUCAGAGUUCAAUGCAUCAGAAACAGGCCCAUCUCGGGCGGACAGCUUCGAGUAUGUGAUGCACGGCAAGAUUUACAGGAUCGAGGGAGACGAUCUGACUGGAGAUGGAAGCGGUCGACUGUCAGCCUAUGUGUCCUUUGGCGGACUCCUGAUGAGGCUUCAGGGUGAUGCCAACAAUUUGCACGGAUUCGAACAAGACAACCACAUAUACCUGCUCAUGAAAAAGCUGGCUUUCUAAGUGCAGAAUACAUUCUCAUCAUCAUUUUC